AUGAUUUUAAUUCUAAUUUUAAUUAAGUUCAUACAAGGAAUUAUAAUUAAGGAAGUGAUUGACAAAAACUAAACAAAGAAAUUUCAUUUAGAUAAAGCUACAAUAAUAAUGACAAUUUCUGGAGCAGCAGAUUCUAUUUUAAUUGGUAAUCAAAAUGAUAGUUACUGUUGGUCACAGCAACCAGCUAUCAAAACUGAAACGAAAACUAUGAAUAUUAUUACAGAAAAGGAUCUGACUGAUUAUGUUUAUUAAGAAGAAACUCCAUUAAAUUUUGGAUAAUUCAUUUUAAUGGUUCAAGUUAGGGAUGGUUUUAUUACUAUUACUUCAAAUGCUAAGAUAUAUCAUUUAAAAUUUAACUAAAAUUAUAUACAUGAGAUAUUCAGUUUUCCAGAAUAUGGAAAUCCUUAUGAAUUUGCAGGAUUUCGAUGGAAGGUAGAUUUAUAGGCUUAUGCCCCAACUACAGAAGAUAAAGAGGAAAUCCCUUAAAUUCUACAUCUAAAGACUAACAAUUUAGUAUUAGUUCUUUAUCCAAACAAUGCAUAAUUUUUUAGUAUGUAUGUAUGAAAUGGAUGCAAAUUAAAACACUUGAUUUUGUACUAUGCUUCAUCAUGGAAGAAGAGAAAAGAGAGAGGACUUACCAAAGAAUAUUUUGGCUAUGUUUAUAGUAGUGUAAGUAGAGAGGAAAUUGAUGUUUAUAGAGUAUCAUUAUAUGAUGUUAGAUUCGAAUUAAUAAUAGAUUUGAUAAGGUUGUUUCCAGAUUUUACAAAAUUGUCAGACUUUAUUGUAAUAAAGAAAGAUCAUGAUGAAUUUCAUAUGUUUAUGUUGGAUGUUUUGAUAGGAUUAAUUGAAUUGGCAAUAGGGAUACAUGAUGGAGAAUUCAAAUACAAAGUAAGACCAGAAAUACUAAGAAAGGAAGGAGGUAUUGCAGUUGAUACAAAAAAUGGGAGAAAUGUAUUUGUUGUUUAUAAAGAAUUAUUUCGAUACUCGAUUAUUGAAUAUUUGUAUGACAAGAAUAUAGAAGUUUACCAAAUAGUGACUUAACAUGUUUCUUACUAAAAGGUUGUAGGAUUGAAAGUGACUGAUGAGUUUGUUUUAAUAUAAGGUUUGAUCCAUCAUUAGCUGAUUUUUUCUAAUUCCUUUAAACUAAUUAAUCCAGAAACUGAACCAACAAUCUUCAUCUUGUUUGGUGCUCGUAAUUUUAUGUUUUUGAUUAAAAUAUUACAGAUUAUCCAUUAUUAAAGAAAUUCAAUAUAACUGGGUUCCAAUAUGAUGAUUUCUUUUUUGGUGUAACUGGUUCAGGAGCAUUUUUAGUUAGAUAUAAUUUUACACCUGCUGGAGUCAAGUGUUAUAGUAACAAUGGUAAAUUUGAGAUAUAUAAUUAUUAGAAACUUAAAUUUUAACUUAAUAAAGUUAUUUAGUUAAGUUUAAUGUUACUUAAUUUAUUGAUGAAGAAGUUAAUAGAGAUAUAGUUGUAAGACAUAACUUAUAUAUAAAUGUUUAAUUAUUUUAUCCAGAAACAAUAUUAGAAGAUGAGUUAGUUAAGACCUUGAUAAUCGNUAUUACUAUUACUUCAAAUGCUAAGAUAUAUCAUUUAAAAUUUAACUAAAAUUAUAUACAUGAGAUAUUCAGUUUUCCAGAAUAUGGAAAUCCUUAUGAAUUUGCAGGAUUUCGAUGGAAGGUAGAUUUAUAGGCUUAUGCCCCAACUACAGAAGAUAAAGAGGAAAUCCCUUAAAUUCUACAUCUAAAGACUAACAAUUUAGUAUUAGUUCUUUAUCCAAACAAUGCAUAAUUUUUUAGUAUGUAUGUAUGAAAUGGAUGCAAAUUAAAACACUUGAUUUUGUACUAUGCUUCAUCAUGGAAGAAGAGAAAAGAGAGAGGACUUACCAAAGAAUAUUUUGGCUAUGUUUAUAGUAGUGUAAGUAGAGAGGAAAUUGAUGUUUAUAGAGUAUCAUUAUAUGAUGUUAGAUUCGAAUUAAUAAUAGAUUUGAUAAGGUUGUUUCCAGAUUUUACAAAAUUGUCAGACUUUAUUGUAAUAAAGAAAGAUCAUGAUGAAUUUCAUAUGUUUAUGUUGGAUGUUUUGAUAGGAUUAAUUGAAUUGGCAAUAGGGAUACAUGAUGGAGAAUUCAAAUACAAAGUAAGACCAGAAAUACUAAGAAAGGAAGGAGGUAUUGCAGUUGAUACAAAAAAUGGGAGAAAUGUAUUUGUUGUUUAUAAAGAAUUAUUUCGAUACUCGAUUAUUGAAUAUUUGUAUGACAAGAAUAUAGAAGUUUACCAAAUAGUGACUUAACAUGUUUCUUACUAAAAGGUUGUAGGAUUGAAAGUGACUGAUGAGUUUGUUUUAAUAUAAGGUUUGAUCCAUCAUUAGCUGAUUUUUUCUAAUUCCUUUAAACUAAUUAAUCCAGAAACUGAACCAACAAUCUUCAUCUUGUUUGGUGCUCGUAAUUUUAUGUUUUUGAUUAAAAUAUUACAGAUUAUCCAUUAUUAAAGAAAUUCAAUAUAACUGGGUUCCAAUAUGAUGAUUUCUUUUUUGGUGUAACUGGUUCAGGAGCAUUUUUAGUUAGAUAUAAUUUUACACCUGCUGGAGUCAAGUGUUAUAGUAACAAUGGUAAAUUUGAGAUAUAUAAUUAUUAGAAACUUAAAUUUUAACUUAAUAAAGUUAUUUAGUUAAGUUUAAUGUUACUUAAUUUAUUGAUGAAGAAGUUAAUAGAGAUAUAGUUGUAAGACAUAACUUAUAUAUAAAUGUUUAAUUAUUUUAUCCAGAAACAAUAUUAGAAGAUGAGUUAGUUAAGACCUUGAUAAUCGUUUUCGUUUUGCUAUUAGGUAAAGAAUUGUGAUAAUUUAAGUUUGUUUAUUGGCUUUAGGAUGUUUAGAGAAAGUCAGAUAGAAGCAGAAGAAUGAUAAGUUUUAGAAUCAACCUAAAUCUGUAGAAAUGAUGAUCCAAUAAAACCCUUUUUCAAAAAUAACUGAGAAGUUAAUAAGCGAUGAUUAUAAAUAGAAGUAUGAUAGAAAAAAAGACAAAAAAAAAUCAUAGAUAUAUUCAUAGUUUAUUUGA